ACCUGCAGGAAGAAAAGCUUCCCGCCGCACACGUGCUUCUAUUUCUAUCUCUUUGUUCGUGCUAACUGAAAAGAUGAAUGAAAUGAAUCGACAGACGAGAGCGUUGCCAGACUCUGCAAAAAAAUGACCUCUUUUGAGAGAAAAGUGACACAGCUUAAAGCCCUGGUUUAACAGCUGUGCGAUGUCUGGCAACUUUCGCUUUCGUUUCCUUCCUUCCGGCUUUUGAUUUGUUAUUGAGAGAGCGCUGCUCUCUUGCAUGUUAAUGUGUGCAUGUGGGUGUGUGUGUGUGUGUGCGAGUGUGUCCGUAAAGUGUGUCUGAGUGUGUGCAUUAUUGUUGGCAAUUUCAAAGUCAAAAAACAACAACAAUAAGAGCAUUAUGCGCAGCCAACAACUGCGAAGCAUUGAGAACAGAACAGAACUUGAGCAGCAAACGAGACACGACGCGACACGAGGCAAAAGCAGCAGCAGCAGCAGACACAGAGGCAGGCCGCGACGACAGGACAACGCCAACGUUAUCCUUGUUGAGAGUUUCGCAAUAUAUUUGUAUUGCAGCAGUCUCAACGAAAGCGUCGAACCAACCUAAUCGCAUCGAACACCCGAUUAAACGACGGCUGCUGCUGCUUCCUUUGAGCUGAGCUAUCUUUAAUCAAAAAAAGCAACAAAAAAUCACGCCAACAACCCACCUAAACUUAACCAAACCUAAACCAAGCUCUCUGCUGGAGCACAACUAAAGGCAAACUCAACUACGUAAACUCGACUAAAACUGAAGCAGAAAGCUGUUAAAACUUUUACUUUUACUAUUACUCGUACAAAACUAAACUAAAGAGGAACUGGCCAAAAGCCCAGCCGGGGCCAAGUGAGCAAAAUGAACGACAGUCGACGCAACACGGCCACAGAAUUCAGCUACAUUCUUCAGCGUCAGGGCAGCGAUGUGUCCGUUGCCGAGGCCUAUGCAUUCGACGACUUCAACAAUUUAAUGAAGAACAACCAUCAGCCGACACAUCAGCAACAGGGACAGCAGCCACAGCAACAGCAGCCCCAGCAGCAGCAACAAAAUCCUUCCCAGCAACGGCAACAGCCACAGCAACCACAGCAUGAUGCCACGCUUGUCGACACAUUGUCGUCGUUGCCACAGGCCUCGUUCAACUACAUCAACUCUAUUGUAGGCAGUGGCGUCAUUGGCAUACCAUACGCCCUGCACCGGGCCGGGUUCGGCCUGGGCCUGGCCCUGCUCAUCCUCGUCGCCUACAUCACCGAUUACUCACUCAUCCUAAUGGUCAGAUGCGGCCACAUUUUUGGCAGGUUCAGCUAUCCGGGCAUCAUGGAGGCUGCCUACGGGAAGUACGGCUACUACCUGCUCUCCCUGCUCCAGUUCAUGUAUCCCUUUCUGGCCAUGAUAUCGUACAACAUUGUCGUGGGCGAUACCCUGUCCAAAGUGCUCGUUCGCUUCUUCCCCUCCUGCGGCGCCUCGAUGGGCGCUGUUCGACUGGGCGUGGUCUUCUUUGUCAACGUCGGCGUUGUGAUGCCCCUCUGCCUGUACAAGAACGUCUCCCGCCUGGCCAGGGCCAGCUUCAUCAGCCUGGCCUGCGUCGUCUUCAUCCUGUUUGCCGUCAUCAUCAAGCUCAUGUCCGGCGAUUAUAAAGUAACGGACACUGCGGAUUCGUGGAGCUUUGCUAACUCGGAUGUCAUACCAGCCACGGGAAUCAUGGUCUUUGCUUUCAUGUGUCAUCACGAUACGUUCCUCGUUUAUCAAUCGAUGCGGGACGCGACCAUGGAGCGCUGGGAGAAGGUCACCCACAUUUCGAUUGGUUUCGCCUGGACAGUGGCGGCCCUGUUCGGCAUCGCUGGAUACUCCACCUUCCGUGCCCUGUCCCAAGGCGACCUCCUGGAGAACUAUUGCUGGGAUGACGACCUGAUGAACUUCUCGCGUGUUCUCUUCUCCAUUUCCAUACUGCUGACCUUUCCCAUCGAAUGCUUCGUUUCUCGAGAGAUUGUACGCGCAUUAGUCCUUCGGUUCGUGCUGAAGGAACCCAUCAGUGAGCUUACCCAGGACAAGGACCCCAAGUUGGAGAAGGGAGCCAUCAUCGAUGAGUACUCGAAAGCCAUUACCAUGGCCAUCGUCUUCAGCGCCUUCAUCAUAUCGCCCAUGACCGACUGUCUCGGCUCGGUGCUGGAACUCAAUGGUCUCCUGGCAGCCAUACCACUGGCUUAUAUACUGCCCGGCCUGGCCUACAUCCGGAUGGAGCCGCACGCCCUCUUCAGCCGCGAGAAGCUGCCCGCCCUGGGCCUGGUGGUGUUCGGUGCCCUGGUGACCAUCCUGGGAGCUGCGGUGCUGCUGCCCGGCCUAAUGGGCGAUGAUUGUCGGUCGGAUAUUGUGCUGGGCUACUGCCGGCAGGAGUUCCAGAAUGCCACCGCCGAUGUGGCCUCCACAAAAACGGUGGAUUAGUCCGGGCGAUAGGAAGGGUAAUGGGAACGGAAGGCCACUCCCUAUCGGAGUUCUCGUUCCAGGUCCGAUUCUCCUCCGGAAAGCGCUUUCGCCGGUGGACAUGCGGAUCUGCGGGUGAGUGUGAAAGAGAAAUGUAAAAGACUCAACUCAAACGAUUUGACUCGAGUCCCACUGAAAAAGUAAAGAGGAGAGGGACAAAUACUUUAUAUGCUUCCCCCCUUACUGUGUCUAUUUCUUCCCCCCUUUCGGUUUGGCCGUUGUUAAUCUUUUUAUAUGUGAAAUAAUUAUACAUUUUAUUUAUCACUAUUAUUAAGUCAUUUUGAAAUUCCAUCUAUUUUAUCUGUUUUAUGCGUACUUAUUUUUGGGUUAGGUUUAGUUUUAGUUUAGAAAUUUGUUUAUGUAGGAUUCAAUAAAUUUUAUAAUGUUCUAGAAUAUAGUUUUUGUUUGCCUUCGGCUAGCCAGAUGCCCCUGAGAGCCCCAUGAGAACGCAGAGGGGUCAUUCCGUGAAAAUUGCGACCUAGGGAUGGCCAAGGAAGGGAGGGUCAAUCCGCUUCAACGAGAUUUGAGGCGAGGAAAAGCGUUCGAGGACAGGUCGAAGAAAGAGCCAAUUAUGUGUUCAUUUUAGGUCCAAAUUAACUCUCGUCGUAGCACGCACAGAUUAUAACCUUGUAAUAAUGAGAAUAGGCAUUAAGUGAGAGGAGGGCAAGAUCACCACCCCAACUAGCCGACGAGCCUCCCAGCCGGGAAUAUCUGCGUGCCCCCUUCUCUCACUCCCCGACACCUGCCAAGUUCGUUACAGUUAUAAGUAAUUAUUAAUUUCAUUAUUAUAAAGUUAGUGGCGCCCAACAAUGGGACCCAAAAUAAUUGGUAGAACCGCAUCUCGAUGUGGUCAACAAUAUCGCAGGAACACACAUCAAAAACACUUUCGAUUUUUCUGGCAAACUAGAUGCUAUGUAGUGAGCUUGAGAAGAGAAGCAUAUACGUUUGUCCGCUUUUAUUCUCAAACUACGGUUCCUGCAGCAUCUGGGCCAGAAUAACGAGCUAUAUAGUCAGCUAAAUUUUGCAAAUCAGUCGCAUAGGAGUUAUUGUUGAGAAGUUGCUAGCAGCGAUCGACAAGCCACGGCUGAGGACGUAGAGCUUAGUAGGCGAGUAAAUACCCUACAGUAAUGGGGUCCGUAGCCCAACUAGUUAGACGUUUGGAAAAGCAGGGAAGAAGUCUUUAGAUAAGUCUAGCCUGACCACGGAUAACAAGUUUUGGCAAAGACCCAUCCAUUUUUAGCAAUAGUAUGCGGCAGAGCUAGCCAUCAAACGCUUGGAAAGACAGAACAAUCUCUUUAUAAAGAGUUUGCCUGGCCACGGGUGAUGGAAAACCAGAAUACCUGUCCGCAGAAGCAAGAGUGCGAAGGAGAGUAAAGAAGACGAAACUGAUUAGCUUCGAUUUACUCGCACUUUAGCUUGCAGUCGUUGUUUUUGACUUCCGGAUCGGCGCGCCAAAGCAAUAAAACGUUUGGUUGCUGCGAGGGCUGAUUAGCACGGCACAAGUAGCGGUAAAUUAUGUUUGUUAUUUCUUCUCACACCAGUUCCAAUAAGAUUUUUUUUCAGGGGAACUAAGCUAUGCUUGAAGGCAAAUAAAUGUUUUUGUAUUUCUUUAUA